GGGUCGUGCAGCCAAGGUCCUCACGCAUUUCCACAGCGACCAUACCGUGGGGCUCACCCGCGGCUUCGACGCGGGCACGAUCUACUGCACCGAGGUCACGGCCGCGCUCAUCACGGAGCUCACUGGCGUGGACCGGGCGCGCGUGCGCGCGGCCCCGCUGGGGCAGCCCCUGGAGGUGGGCGGGGCCCGGCUGACGUUCCUCGACGCCGAUCAUUGCCCGGGCAGCGCCCUGGUGGCCUUCGAGCCCCUCGGCGAGGCUGGCCCCAGCGGCGCGGGCGAGGUGACGGUCCACACGGGCGACUGCAGGGCCUCCGAGGCCAUGCGCCGCGGGCUCGCCGCGUGGCUGGCCGGGCGCCGCGUCGCGCACCUGCUGCUGGACACGACCUAUCUUCGGAGCGCUGGCGCUUCCCGCCGCAGGCCGUCGCCUGCCGGUGGCUUGCCGAGCUGGCGCGGCGGGAGCUGGCGCGCGAGCCCCGGACGCUCUUCGUGGUCGGGGCCUACCAGAUCGGGAAGGAGCGCGCCGUUCAGGCCGUGGCGGAGGCCGCGGACUCGCCCGUGUUCGUGGAGGCUCGACGGUGGAGGGUGGUGCAGCUCGCGGGCUGGGGCGAGGCCAGACUGCCCUCCGGCAAGCCGCUGUGGGCCAUCGACAAGGAUGCGGGAUCAUACAAUGGAGACCAUGCCAAGGAACUUCCUGCUUGCCUCGAGGGUGCCCUGGGUUUCCUGGGUUUCGAUGGUUUUGCGAUCGAGUACGUGACGUUCCCACUUCAAAAACAGAUGGACGAUGCCCUGGGCUUCCGGGGUUGGGCUUCUUGUGGAAGGUCUCUCGUGGUCGAGCCCCUAUAUACUGUAUACACCGGGGCCUGCUCGGCGGUUCGGGCCGGUGGCGUCC